AUGUCAGUUAAUCCAGCCGCGGUAACUCCCCCUCGUCCUACUAGGAGACUUGUUAGUCCUGUAGCUUUCCAAACAGCCGGGGAUAGCGCGGAAGUUAUUUGUGAUGGCGGGCAGCGACGCGAAAACAGUCACAGUCUGUCUAUAAAUGUUGAUGGUUCCACACCUUCUACCAUUUCCAUGCCGAAAAUUGACUCGUGCAUACUUGGGAUAGAAACUUUGGAACAAAGAGAUAAGUUCACUGUGAGUAAUAUAGAGACAAUUUCGAUAUUGCUUUCGGUUUAGUUAUGCUUGCACUUUUUACACUGUAAUACAUUAAGCAGACGUCAUCUCUGGUUUUCUACUCAGCUGUACAAAAUUGAGGUAAACAAUGGCUCGAAAACGUGGAUUAUUUACCGACGAUAUAAAGACUUCGUGCUUUUAAACAAGAAGGUAAGCUUGAUACCUUUCUUGCAUUGCGUUUUGUUGUUUUGUGCAAGCAACAAAUUUACUAUCCGAUGCAGUGUGCCCAAAAAUUUAAAACUGUAGCUUGUUAUAGGUUAUAAUGUGGAUUGUGGACUACCAUGUUAAAUAUGAUUCACGUCGACUUUUCAGCACGAUGGAGAAGUAUUUGCUAGUUAAGAAAUCAGCUGUUUUUAGCUUGUAGCUCAUAGAGGAGCGAUUUCCUCAUUUACGUUUAGGGAUGUAAGCGUAAUUACGUUCAUUUUUAUUUGAUAAGCCUGAGCUUGUAUUUUUCAAAUUUGUUACAGUUGCGACGGCUUUAUCCCCAGUUUCGAUUAAAUUUACCAGCGAAGCGGUUUUUCAAAGACAAUUUUGCAAAAGGUAAGGAAAUGAAAAUUAAUGGCCAAAUCGAUUAUAAUUAUUUGUAAACAAACUACUAUAUAGAGAAACACUAUUUUUUAACAAACCUCGUAAAUGCAAUUAUACCUCAUAGAGUAAGCUUACCGGCAAAUUUAAAUUUUUCGCAAAGGCGAGGUAACGAGGCAAAAAAUCGUACAUUACAUCAUCGUAAAAGGGAUUUGUAUUUUACAUUACCCAGCUGGGAAAGAGGAAGUUAUUUAAUAAUAUUAGUGAUAAUCAAAGUGUAUUCACAAACUAGCUAAUCGCUCAUAGAAUCACAUGAGGCACCUCGCGACAGAAUGGUUUGAUUUCAGUGGUAGUUGAUUAUUAGCUGAAUGUCUUUUCUUUUCAGUACAAGAUUUGUUAGCAUUGAUACAUCAGUUAGCUUUAAUAAUAGCGUGCCAAAUCUUUUGAUUUGUUGUGAGGGACUAAAUUGAAAAGAAUUGUUAAACUGCAUUAUUAACAUCACCAAAGCACAGCGGAUCAUGGUUUUUCCCCAAGAAGUGUGGAAGCUCAGGUUACUGUAAAAACCCCCUUCUUGAGAGGGGUCGAGGCAUGCGUCAUGAUCUAUUUUCACUUCUGCACUAUGACCUACAAAGCAUUGUUUUACCACUUUCAUGUUCCUUAUCAUAUUAAUUAUGUCGGGAGGGUUCACUGUUAAUUUCUAUUGGCAAAUAGUUGGUGUCAUAAAAUUCUACUAGUAUUCUGUUGAGCACUGUCUAGUAAUUUUAUCAAGUAUUAUCUGUGAAAACUUGUGUCUGAUCAGUGGCACUCAUGGAGACUCAUUUUCUAAGUUUAUCAAAUAUAAUCUGUUAGGGAUUUACAUUUUAAAACUCUUGCCGUAUGGAGAUGAUUUUGGACAUUGCAAUUCUUCACAUGGAUGGCCUAUUUUGGUUAGAAAGGGAUAUGAAAACCAGUCAUCUGUAGGGAUGUUGUUAUGGUUUAUUUAUUUUAGCUAUGAUUUGUUAAAACGUUGGUUCAACUCUCUGCCAUUACUGUAUUCUGUUCCAGUUACAUGACAAUGACACUAACAGUAUUAGAUCAAGGGUUAAAGCGACGUUUAAUUCUCUUGUUGCAGUUUGAAAUUAACUGUGAAUACAACAGAUUUAGUAUGCAGCACCAGAUUUUGAGCAUUUAUUCAGAAUUUCAAUACCUGCAUUUGCAUACUAUAUAGUAGCAGCAUUCACACAUUUUUAUGGUAUUUUGAAAUUAGGUGUUUAUUGAAUUUUUCCACGUAUUAAAACAUAUAGACUUUAUUGAAAGACGUCAGGGUGGUCUUGAAGAAUUUACCAGGAAUUUGUUUUGUCAUCGAAAUCUUGUCCUUAGGUAAGCUGAAUUUAUCCCAUAAUACUUUGUGUUAAAUAUAAAUCUUAAGACUGUGCUCUUGCCAUAGCAGCACUCUGUAGCCUCUAGUGACUAAAUUUUUCUCCUGGGCAACUAGAAGUCUUAGUUUUUUGCUUAAAACUUGUGCUGGGACCCAUGUUUUCACAAAAUUCCUGCCAUUUUUCUCAUAGCUCAUGAGUCUAUUAAUGAUUUUUCUAUGUAAUAUUCUGCUUGAAGCUGGUUGUCAAUGAGCUGUUUUCUGGUCCUUAAAACUUACCGAAAAGCCAUUUGCAGGCUGGCACUUCGUAGCCUUUUGUUCCAGAUGCAAAUAUCAGCUUCCAACGUUUGGGCAUGUGAAGGAGCAAAAUUUCAGGAUAGUUUGUAGGCUUGAAAGUGACACAGCAGUCUUGACUUUUUCCUUUCACUCUCCCUCCCCCCUCUUUUUUUGCUUUUCUUGCCCUGUUUUUUUUUUUUCUUUUUCUGAGCAUUUACCAGGCUUAGUGGGUGUGUAGUGGAACAAGAUUUUCUUCCAAAAUUUUUCAGGUCAAUUUUACAUGGGUUUUUGCCUUUUUCUCUGGCCUGAUUGACUUAAUCAUGCUCAUUCUGACAUCACAAGCGUUGCAAGGGACUUGAAUCUGCAUGGGCAGUUCAGGGUGAAUGGGUUAAUAUUAUUUUUUGAGAAUUCAUCCGAUUAAUAAGGAUUUGAUUUGCUAAUAACUUUUCUAUGUUGAUCUUAUUUUAUCAUGACCAGUGACCCAGUUCAGAGAUUUUACCGACUGAUUAAUCCACCACAACCCAGUGAAAGCUGGGAAGCUAGCCUGGUAUGUAAAUUUUAGGCAUCUUACACUUGGGAGUAAAUAAGUAAUGUUUUUUAAAGUAAUAAAGAGCACUUUUAGUAUUUGCAAAUAGUGGUCUACAUUCAGUUGAAUCUCCUGUAAGCAACCACUCAAAGUGGGAAGAUUUAGUGGUCGCUUAUGCAGGGCUUCUGAUAUUUCAUGCGGUUGCGGAGCCGCGAAAUUCACAAAAACAGGAAAAAUAGCACAAGAUUCAGUGUGUAUCUUAUCAAAUACAUGUCUGUACAACAUAUUUGAAACUUAUUUCAGCUAUUGGGGCUGUUUCCUUGUCGUAAACUUGCAAAUUUGUCUUGGAAGUUUGCCCCGAAAACUCCUGCGAAAUUACUGCAGAAUCGGCCAAUUUUUCCGCGAAUUUGUCAGUAAAAAUCCCGCAAAAGUAGACUUUUUUUUCUGCGACCUGUCAGAAGCCUUGCUUGUGGGAGGUGGUCUUUUACGAGAAUCAAACCACAGGGGGUCCCUUUUGAGAAGAGGUUCUGACACAUACAUACAUGUAGUUUCAAAUUUUCAGUGAAAGUAUACUCUGGGUAGCGUGUAUAGUACUUGCCUCAAAAUGCCUCAAGAGUUCGCUUACAAGAGGUUAAAAACAGUGGAAAACUAUAAAACCAGCUGGGCAAAAAGUGGUUGCAGUCACUUACAAGAGGUGUUCACUUACAAGGAAAUUUUUGGUGUUUUGGAUAGAAGAUCACUUAUGAGAGGUAGUCACACAUGGAGCUGUGAUGGUAUAAAUAAUAUAUUGCAGGGAACAUCAACAUGCCCUGGGGCAUUACAGGUUGAUGACAUACGUUAAUUAUCAUAUGACAUUUCAUAUAUCAAAUUAUUUUUUAUGUCAUUUUCUCACUCCAAUGAAUUUUUCAGAAUUAUUGUCAGUCACUGGAAAGGGCAUUAGCAGAAUUGCGGCAACAGCAUCGUGACCUGAGUGCAGAGCUGAAUUCUGUGAAGAUAGAGUUGGCACAAACCAAGUACUAUAAAGAUGAAAAUCAAGACCUUACAAACCACCUCCAGAAACAGCAGAUUGAUGUUGAGGAAGUCACAAAGGUUGAAAACUCCUUCCUUUCUCUUUAGACCAAUGCAAUAGUUUCCCAUUAAAAAAGAAAGUAUCAAAUUAUCAUUUUUAUUGGUUAAGGCAAGAGACAGAUGAUCAUUGAUCAUCAUUCUCUUUUCCCCUUCAGAGCCUGAGAGAUCAACUGGCCAUUGCUUUAGAAAGUGAGAGGAAAGCGAAAGAAGAAGUAGAAAAAUUAAGGGAAGAAAUGAGAGCUGAAAGGGCAUCAGUUCAGGCGGCAAGAGUAAUACAGAGGCAGAAGAGAGAGGUUGAAAUUAAAAGGCAAAUGGAUACAUUCAGUCACUCACAAGAGGCAGUAAAUCAAAGACUUGAUUCUCUUGUCACGUCCUUAAGUCAUCUCUCCAAGGUUCAAGUUGAGAUUGGGGGAAGAAAAGUUGGUAAGCGUAACUUUUUAGCACCUCCCAUGCAUUCAUGCCUGUACAGUAAUAUUAUUACUCUCUGCUUGAGCCUCACCCUUCUGGUUGUCUUCCUAUGCACAGAUAAUAAUAUUCUGAAGAGUGCACAAAAGCCUCCUCACAAGUCACCUUUAAUAAUUAUUGUCAUCAGGACUCCAUUGUGGUUUUUGAAAACUUGUUGGCCUAAAAGUUCUUCAAAGUUCAUUUUUGCUGUUUAAAAUGUUUGAUAAAAAUGCUUUGUAAUUUGCUUAUGUUAAGUUCCUAGCAGAAAGGGACUUGUGAUUGGCAAUUAUUACAGUCAAAGCAGGUCAAGCGUUCCUGUCGCUAAGCAACUAAUGAAUUCAUUAAUGGAAGAAUGAUUCGGUUUGUCGAUUCAAUAAUCCAUUCAUAAAAUGAAUAAUCCAAUAGUCAAAUUGGGCCUCGAUUCAAUAAUUAAAUGUUGAUUUGGUUUAUGAACAAAAUCAACCUGUUCUUUUCUUUGCUGUCUGUUGUGUUCAAUCAUACCCGUACGAAACGAGCAGCGCUGCUGCAGCACUGCAGAAUGGCUUCAAGAAGUGCUACAAAAGAGCUGUAAAGGCGCUGGGCUGCAGCAGCCGCAAAUUUUGGCUCAGUGGAAAGCCCUUUGACAGCAAUAAACAGCGUUUUUGCAGCGUUGCAGAAAAUUCCUGAACCACGAUCUGCGUUGCAAAGUGGCUGCAAAGUGGCUUUAAAAAGACAAAGAAUGUUGUUACCGGUAAUCAGCCCUACCACUUGUAGUACAAAAAAAAAGAAAUGCAGGCUCCAAUAAUACAAUAAUCAUGAUACAUGGUAGAGGAGUUGACAAGGCCUCAGUAGCAGAGUAAAAAACACUAGAAAUUCAAAAUGCAACUUAUACUUUAUUAGUAUCCACACAUACACGUUACAAAAGCACGUGACAUAGAACAAAUCUGCAGCAGUCUCGCUUUGUAAAUAUUUAGCAAUCACAGUCACUCAUCUAAAUGUAAGAACACCUAUUAACAUGCAGACAUUGAAAAUUAUCUUUUUUAAAAAUAAAGAGAAUAACAGAGAUUGUUCUACAUAAAGUUUACACGGACAGCAGCCAAAUGAAAUUUUGAUUCGCUGCAACGGGCUAAGCUGGAUUUUGCUCACCUUGACGUUUUGUCCAUGAUCCACGAUCUUCUACACUUUUUUCAUGAAAGAAAUCAACCCAAUUUUACUUUGGUCGUCGUUAAAUUUUACAAUGGACUAUAAAUAUUAAGGAACAAACAUUACCACGAGCGUAUAAAAAUCUUGUAAGUGCAAACCCCAUCUGAGAGAUUCUUGUAUCUGUGUUGCUCGCUCUGGUUCGAUUCGUCGAUACUUAGCGUAGAAGUCACUGUUCAGUGCGUUGUUUGCAAAUACGUUUGAGCUGUUCCAUCCAAAAACCUCAACAGAACUUCCAUCUCGAAGCAGAACUAGAUGCAAAAAAAAAUCAGAAUGUUUGCGCCUUUCAUUCAACGGUCGCAAAUGUUUGGGUGAUCCCGUGUUUGUCUAGAGAUGUAAUGGGAUCUCAUGCAAAAGGACCGACCAAAGAUUACGGCCUAGUAUGUCGCCAGGGAAUUAGCGAUAACAUUCCCACACUCGUCGGUCACGUAAUGAAAUUUAUUGAAAUCUUUAUUCCGAAAGCGUAGAAUUUGGAGGUUUAUUCAAUAAGUGAUCUUCCUUGCGCACAAGCUUACUCACAUUUCUUAGAGGUACAGUCAAAGUUUUCGCGUUAUAAAAGGCUUUAUCUGGUGAUUCAUGUUAUUGGCGCUUAAGAAAGUCAGAUCGACCGCAGCUGAAUUUUAGCAUUAUUGCAGCUACUUUGCAGCGUUUGAAAGUCGGCAACUGCACUGCAAAACCGCUGCCGAGAACUUCAAAGAGCCUUCAAAGGCUGCACAGAGCUUUUGCAUCCCGCUGCAACUUGAAUGAAGCUGCUGUUUGGCUUCUAAAAGGCUGCUGAACAGCUGUAAUUUAGCUGUACAGCUUUUUUGAAGCGAUUUUGUGGCGCUGUACAGCGCUGCAAGUUUCGUACGGGUAUUUGCUUCCCUUUUCCUACCAUUUACAAUUUCAUUUUUCAUUGCCUUUAAUCAAAAUAACAGCUAGAAUAGAGACACACCUAAUCGAACAGUGCCUUUCCCAGUAUUAGGGUUUUCUUCAGCUGGAAAACUAAGAGUCCAAUAACCCAUGUUUUGAUCUUUUCAUCCAUUGGCUGAUAAAACAAAUUAAUAACGAACACUUACCGAAACCAUUUUUCAAGGUCAUAUGAAAAUCACUCUUAUUUGAAGUUUUCAACUUAAACUUUAGUUAUUGUUUGAUUCUCAGAAGUGGAUACAAAUGAUGACAUUUCAGAACAAGCUGUUCAGCUCAAAAAGGUAUACAUAGAGCUCUUCAUGUAAUAAUUAUUAUUGACUUACUUGCACAGGAGCAAUGGUGGCACAGUUGGUAGGUGUGUGAGGUCCCGAGUUCGAUCCCCGGUGACAUCACAUCCUUGUUUCAACUUCUCUGCUUUCUGUAUAGCUUUGACGAGCUCUAAGUAACCUUAAAAUGGAGCAUUGAAGGAGAGAGGGGCAGGGUAAAAUGAGCACACCAUUGACCUCUAGUUUAUCAGUUAUUACUGUCACACAUUAUCAAUGUAAAAUAUGGUUGCUUUACCAUUUUUUUUACCUUUUACACUGUUACAACCUUAAGGUGAAUUACUGGUACACUGUUUUUCAUCACUAACCUUUAACUGUUAAUUACCGUAUUUAUUCGAUUAACCACCCUGGGCGCUUAUUAAAUUUUUGGACCUUGAGAGUGGGCGCUUAUUCGAGGUGGCCGCUUAUUCGAGGCUGGGCGCUUAUUAAAUUUUCACCAUUCUAAGCAAGUGUAGUGGUAUAUUUUGCAAAAAAGCAGUAAUAACAAAAAGCGAAGAUGUAACAAAGCAAGGUUCUGAGGAAAGCUCCGUCUUCGGGAGGGUCUCUUAUUACCUUAUUGGAGUUUUUGUGGGAGGGAGUAGGGUGGGGUGGGCGCUUAUUCAAGGCUGGGCGCUUAUUAACUUUUUCUGUUUUUAAGAUGGGCGCUUAUUCGAGGUGGGCGCUAAUUCAAGGUUGGGCGCUUAUUCGAAAUAAAUACGGUAUAACAGGACUAUUGUCUUUGGAAUUAGUAACUAAGACACAAUCGCUAGAGGUGCUAAACUUAACUUAAUUUGAUAUUGUAUUAUAUGAAAUGUAGUGUUUUGAAUUUUUAUUGUAUUAAUAUUACCGUAAUUCUUAUCGCCAAAGGUAAUAAAUAAAGGUAUUAUUAUUAUUAUUAUUAUUAUUAUUAUUAUUCUUUCAGGCUCUUGAUGAAUCAGGAAGUCAACUUGAAAAAAUUCAUAGGAAUACUUUGGAGGUAGAAAAAGUUAUUUUCUAUAAAGAUUUAUAUUUCAUAAGCCACCCUCUUUACUAAAUUUAAAUUUCUCUUGGUUAAUUUCCUCCUUUUUUGUAUUCAAAUUUUUCUUCAUAUUAAUUUACAAGUGACAGCGUUACACUGAAUGAUUGAGAAGUUCAACCACAGUCAACUCUUCUUAUAGCGGACACUAUAGGGACCUUGAGUUAGUGUCCUCAUUAGCGAGAGUCCGUUACUAACAGGAGUUUAUUUCAGUCAAAUGCCUGUAAUUUAUUUUUGCCUGGGAUUAAGCUGCUGUCCAUAUUAUUGGGGUGUCCAUUAUAGGGAGGAAUGUUACAAGAGUAAUGGGCUUAUUUUAUGUUUCCUUAAACCAUCUCAUGAUGAAAAGAGAUGCAUAUGACACAAUCACAAUUAAAUCAAGCUGCUCUAGAUCUCCUCUAAAAUGUUAUUUUUCUGCAUGCAGAUGUAUGUUCAAGAAGUAGAAGACCUGAAGGCUGAAUGUUCAAGAGGAGAUUUUCUUGCCAAGGUAUUUAAUAACUUGUUGGCUCUUUCCAGAGCUGUCAAUGUUUGAAACCCACUCAAAUCAUUAUUACUCUGCGCUAGGAUUUGCUUUGAUGAAAUGAGGGCUAGCACUCUGAACAUCAGCUUUUGAACACUUUUAUGAUAGCUGGUUUAACUGUUCAAUCAAUAAAUUAUUGUAACACCACUUUUUUUUCCAUUCUCACAUAAAUGCGGCAGUGAAAUGUUUUGUAGAAUUCUUCAUUUUUAUUCGCUUAUACCUUGCAAUUCAAAUGUAUCUGAAAAUAACUUGUUGUUUCUCAGCUUUUGGUCAUAAGUAAACAUAGUAACUGUAACUAAAACUCCCCAGAUUCCCUAUCAUUCCUUUUCCAACAAUAUAAUUAUUUGGUUUAAGUCAAGGAAGAAUAAGAGCAAUUUGAUGGCUGUUCUUGUGGGCUGUGCAUAGUGGAUCAUUAAACCAUGGCCCAUUUUGCAUCAUUCAGUGAUCUAGUACAUAUUUUGCUACUGACAAAAAUGAUUAUGGUAAUACAUGUACCAGCAAUAAACUUUAUACAUGGGGACACUCACAAAGCUUAGUAAGGUUAUAACUGAUUUAGUGUCUACAUGUAUUUUUGAUAAUAAUCCUCAGGCAAGAACCCAAGAGGCAGAGACACUGAAAGCAGAGAAGUCUGAUCUUCAAAAAAGAUAUGAGGAUGGAAUGAAGGUACUUUUAGAUCUUAAAUGUAUGAAUCUUGGCAAGGCUAUUCAAACCAGGGUUACGUUAAGUGUAGACUACGAGUAGUCCCCCAUUUUUCCUCAAGGAUAGUAGAGCGGGCGAAACGCGAGCGUGCGUGAAAAUCACCCCACGCGAGAAAAGGCGACACGCGGCGGGGAGAGAGAAAAAUGAGGGACUACAGACAAAGCCCAAGCUUUUGAACUAAUGCGUUGCUCUCACAACGCAAAACUCUGAUUGGCCCUUCCAUGGAAAUCUGUCAGCAUCUGUCAAAAAUGCGCCAGCCGCUAUCAACACUCGACAUAAUUACAAUUUACAGAACAAAUAACUAGAGUUGCUCUUGUUGAAGAAACUAAGCAGNUACGUUAAGUGGGGACCCUAGAGUGGAGGGGGGUUGGGGAUUUGUCUGCUCGGGGAUGCCUGGAAUCCUUAGCGUAUACCAGACAUAGUUCAGUUGAAUUUUGCCACCCUAUACUAGACUAAUAGACUCUAAACAUCCCUGUCUUUCCUAUCCUUUGUUUAAAUCUUUAAUGGUCAAUUGAUCAGUUUCGCAGAAAAUAAUACACUAUUGUAGACCCAAACUCUCUGAUUUCUAUACUUAUCCCAGAUUAAGUUAAAGUUAAGUGGGGACCCUAGGGGCGGGAGGGGGGAAUUUAAGGAUUUUGGGGUCGGGAUUUGUCUGCUCAGGGAUGCCUGGAAUCCUUAACGUAUACCAGACAUAGUUCAGUUGAAUUUUGCCACCCUAUACUAGACUACUACACUCUAAAAAUCCCUGUCUUUCCUAUCCUUUAUUUAAAUCUUCAAUGGUCAAUUGAUCAGUUUCCUGGAAAAUGAUACACUAUUGUAGACCCAAACUCUCUGAUUUCUAUACCUAUCCCAGAUUAAACUACUCGAAAACCAUACCCUUCAGAACAGCACAUACUACUUAUUUCCCAUUAUAGAGCAGUUCUGCAACCCCCCUUCCCCCACCCCCACCCCUGAAGUUAAGCCAAGGUUAAUGGGAGAUUUAAAUUCAGAUCUGAACACUUACAACGCAUACUCAGGUGCAUUCCUUUUGCCCACUAUUUGAUGUUUGGACACUCUGAAGUGACUAGUUAAAAUUCUUUAAGAAAAUGAACUUGGAUUAUGAUUUAACCCUAAGUCGUCAAUGAUGAUAAUUUUUUAUUGCAAACUGAGCUUAGAGUUGUUAAAACUAACAGCCAUACUAAGGUGAGUUUAAAUUUCUUUUGACUCCACAUAAUUUUCUAGUUUUUUGUUUAAAGCUAUACAUAUUUAUUUGAAGUAAGCAAUGGUCAGUUGAACUUUUGCUUUAUACUUACCCUUUAUUUUGUUAUUAAAAUUUCUGUUUUUUUGUUACAGGCUCAAGUUAAUUACAUCUCACAGCUUCAAGCAAAGUUUAAUGACCUUCAGCGAUAUGCAGUUACAACUGAGGAGGUAAAUGAAAUGGAAUUAAUAGCAUCAAAAUUCUGUGGAGCAAAAGUUGAUUAACAAUAAUUGCUGGCACUUUGCUCCAUAUCACUUUUCUCUUAUGUAUGGUUUUCAGCAAGAGCCUCUGUAUUGAUACCUGCGGACUUUGAUUUCAUUGGGUGUUUUCCAUCUGCAACUCGUUGGUUUUUCAGACAAAAUCAUCGCAUAUCAACCUGGGUUGUUUUGUGUGGUAAUGCUAUUAGCAAGGUGAAUGCAACCACAACAACGAUGGGAAAAACUAAAUGAGAAAAUCAGGAAAUCAAAAACUCUGAGCAUGCAACACACUUUUUGGCAGGAUUCUUGUCUGGCAUUGCAUGACUAGCAUUGCCAAACUUGAUUGAAGUGGCAAUGCGAUUGUUGCGACUUCUAUUUCGUCAUUGACUGUUUAUCAUCUUCAUUUCCAGAAAUACUUCUUCUCACUUGUUAUUGGUGUAAAACUCAACAUGGCUGUGUGUGGCUACAGGGUUGGACGCAUGAAUCACCUGAAGCCUGAGGUAGUAACCAAAAGUUAACCAAUGUGUAUGAUAACUUGAGAUCUAAAUGGCUGAACCUCUAGUUUUGAUAUGCAGUGCAUUAAUAGUGUGCACAUCAUCGAUUAUGAUGGAUCGUCAAUCGAGGAACCUUAAGCAAUUGAUACAAUAAUUGAUCAUGGAAAAUGUUUUAAUUGAUUUUCACAGACAAAUAGAAAAAAAAAUUGUUGACAAAUAAGAAUGAUAAAACUUUGUUGUUUUCUAUCAAUUAAAAAGGAAAAAAUACGAAAAUCCAUUGAUAAUCCUUUUUUGAUUUAUUAUUUCACAUCUCUGUGUCACGUUCACAGCACCACGCCUGUUUAAAGCAGCUGUGUCACGAAAUACAGCCAAAUUAGGAAAUUACAAAAUACUUGUUAAAGUUAAGAGGAACAUAAAAAUAACUGCUUAAAACUUUAAGGGAAGGUAAUAACAUAACAGAAACAACAGAUGCUAUGGAUAGGCAAAACUGAAGAAGAUUGAAACGGAUUGAAAUUAGGGUUUUUGAAAACUGUUCAGCCUAACAAUUUUUCAAAGUUGAUCCUUGCUGCUUGCAACUUCAAAAAUAAUGCUCAGGAGACAUAUUUGUUUGUCUUGGGUCUCUUAUUUUGUCAUUUUCAUGUAAUUUCUUUGCUUACUUUAAGUUCCGUAGCGAUUGAGGGCGAGUAAUUGACAAAAUUAAACAAAAUGAACUGGACUGAUUCCUUUGACGUUGUGUCUUUUAAACGCUAAAUAAUGAUUUUUUUUGGCAGAAACUGUUUGAACGAGUUCGAAAUCAUGGGAUCUCAAUAGAACAUUGGCCAAGCUGGUUGUCAAGGGAACUGUCAACAGCAUCAGCGACACCUGAACACGAGGAUGAGGAAUGAUACCUUUUGUUUUCUAAUUCUGUAAAAUGAAAUGAAGGGAUAGGUGGAGAAAGUGAGAAAGGUUCCUAAAGUGACUCCCGAUAAACCGUGAAAUUCUCCUCUACGAAACAAAAGGAGAAUUUGACAUUAAUCAGAGUCAUGUAGGGCCAUAUUUUUCAUGCUCCCCUUCAAAUGAAGUGUCAUGUGUUGUUGUGGUCCUGGAUCUACUAUGCUGCGUCUGUGUUCGUGGGACUAUUUCUACAGUUGCAUGCAGAAUUCGUAUUUAUGUACAUUAGGAAUGGACAAUUGGAAAGGUGAAGUGGCGGGGGGACAAUUUUUUUCCAUUUUAUUCCUCUCUAUCUCUACUUGCGAGCAGAGGCCUUUCGAACUUCGUAGAUAAGUUGGGAAGAGCGAUGGGCCUCUGAUUGCAGGGUACUACCCAGAUAGCGUAA